AUGAUCCAGUAUCCAAUCAAGGUUGAUCCUUCUUCUCCUUUCCCAAUUGAGAAUAUACCCUUCGGGAUCUUCUCAAUUAAUGACAAAUCAACCCGACAUGUGGGAACGAUCAUCGGAGGCUAUGUCAUCGACGUCAAGCUUCUAGCAGAGCACGAAGCAUUCAAUGGGACAGACGCUGCAGACUUGGCGGCAAUCAACGCAGCUGUGUCCAGUGAUACGCUGAACCUACUCGCCUCUCUACCCUACGCUAGUCGUUCCUUCGUCCGAGAGCGGAUCAUUCAUCUGCUCACUGAGCCAGGCUCGGUCCUGUUCACUAAUUCCAAUCUCAACAAAAACGCCUUUAUACACGCAGAAAAAGUCAAGAUGCACCUACCUAUUGAGGUGCAUUCAUUCACAGACUUUAUGUGCUCCGAGACUCAUCUGGAAAAUGUAAAUAUCCCCUCAAUCACAGGUAACACCAUGGCUUCCUUCUUUGCAUUUCCUACUGCAUAUAAUGGCCGAACAACAUCAAUCAUCCCGAGUGGGGAUCCUAUCCUGCGACCCAAAGGAAUGCUUAGGCAACCCAUUCCUGACGGGCCGCCUGCAUACUCCUUUUCCGCCUCAACGCGGUUUGACUUUGAACUGGAAAUGGGCGUCAUCGUCUCGGGGAAGAUUCCGCGUGGCCAGAUCAUCACUGCCGACCAGGCAACCGAGCUCAUAUUCGGCUUCGUCCUUUUGAAUGACUGGUCUGCCCGAGACAUUCAGUUUGCAGAGAUGACGGGGAUGGGCCCAUACAAUGGCAAGGCUAUGGCUACGACAAUCAGUCCCUGGGUGGUCUUCCCACAGGCCCUGGAAGAAUCUCAGUGCGAGUUGACAUCUAAGAAGUCCCGAGCAAUCAUGCCGUCGCAUCCUGACCAUCUCCGGCACCGUAUGGCGGAUGGUAGAGUCACAUGGAACGUUGAACUGCAGGCAUUAAUUGCCAAUCGCAACGGGCCUUCUACAAUCGUAUGCAAGUCUAAUCUGCGCGACCUGUACUGGACGCCUGGUCAAAUGCUCGCCCACAUGACAUCAUCUGGAAGUGGAGCUGUAGCUGGAGAUCUCUUCGGCAGUGGCACCGUCUCGUCGCCGGGACAUACGGCCGAGAACCCGACUCUCGGCUGUCUAUUUGAAUUGACAGACGGAGGCAAAACGCCUUUGAGGCUCAAAGAUGGCCGUGAGAUUGUCUGGCUGGAAGAUUACGACGAAGUUAUUUUAACCGGAUGGGCCACGGGGAAAGGGGGCAAGAGGAUUGGAUUUGGAGAGGCACGUGGCAUGUUGAUGCCUACAGACUGGCUUGUUCCAGAUAAAUGA